CACUGAUUUUUUUUGGAUACUCAUGUUACAGAUUGCUUAUAUCAUUACAAUAAAAGGAAAACCGUAUUUUGUCCAUCUCAGAAAGCAAUCAUUUUUAUCUUCGGUUUCUGUUGUUUACUUUUAUGACAAAGAUGACAUCCAAUAUUCUAAGCCUUUGUCAGCUCAGAUGGAUUGCAAUUAUCAAGGAUAUGUUGCAGGUUUUCCAAAUUCUCUUGUGUCACUCAACACUUGUUCAGGACUCAGGGGAACAUUGCAGCUUAAAAACAUCUCAUAUGGAAUUGAACCAAUGGAGGCCGUAUCAGGAUUCGUGCACAUGAUUUAUGAAGAAAAAAAUGAUAACACUAAUAUUCCUCUUUUAGGAGAAAAUAAGACUUAUAGCUAUAAUAACUUAUAUUAUCACAUCAGAAGGAGUUCAGAAAGAACUGAAUUUUUCAAGUUAUACCCUCAAUAUCUUGACAUAUAUAUUGUUGUGGAUAAAAAUCUGUUUGAUUACAUGGGCUCUGAUAUAAAGGUUGUAACACAGAAGAUUAUUCAGAUAAUUGGCUUUGUUAACACUAUAAUUUCACAGUUAAAACUGACUGUUGUAAUAUCUUCCAUAGAAGUCUGGUCAAAUAAAAACAAAAUUUCUACUACAGGGAAUCCUAAUAUUAUAUUAUCUAGAUUUUUAGAAUGGAAAUACAAACAUGUCUCCCAACCUCAUCAGACUGCAUACUUAUUUGCCUUCAAGAAACAUCUUAGUUUUAUAGGAGCCACAUUUCCUGGGAAAAUAUGUAAUAAGAAUUAUGCUGUAGGAGUUGCUCUGUAUCCAGAGGAUUUAUCCCUGGAGUCAUAUACUAUCAGUAUUGUGCAGUUGCUUGGCUUUAAUCUGGGAUUGAGUUAUGACAAUCCUGACACUUGUUAUUGUUCAGAAGAUGUUUGCACAAUGUCACCUAAAGCAGUGCAGUCUCGGGGUGUAAAGGAUUUUAGCACCUGUACGUUGGAUGACUUUAAAUACUUGGCCUCACAUUCCGGCCUUGGAUGUCUUCAGAGAAUCCUUCCUGAAAUGCCAGUUUAUAAACAACAAAAGAAAAGGACAUGUGGCAAUGGACAAUUGGAACAGGGUGAACAGUGUGAUUGUGGCACUGUAAAGAAUUGUACACAUAAAGACUGCUGUGAUCCUAAAACAUGUUCAAUGAAAGCAAAUAAACAGUGUGGCUCCGGGGAAUGUUGCACACAAGAUUGCAAGCUAAAAUCAAUUGGUAUACAGUGUAGGAAAUCAUAUGACGAAUGUGAUUUCACUGAAUAUUGCAAUGGAGUUUCCCCACACUGUAUGCCUGACACUUAUGCACGUAAUGGACAAAGUUGUGAUUCAGGCGAUUCCUUCUGUUACAAAGGACGAUGUCGCAUAUUUACCAAACAGUGUAAAGAAUUGAUUGGAGGAGCUUCUAGAGGUGCUCCAUUUGCUUGUUAUGAUGAAGUAAACUCAAGAGGAGAUAGAUAUGGAAACUGUGGCCGAGACCAUUGUAGUUAUGCUCAUCUUCUAUGUGGAAAAUUAGUUUGUGCUUGGCCACACAAAGAAUUAGUGUCACGUGCAAAUUUAUCUGUGAUUUACACACAUGUACGGGAAGAAAUGUGUGUAUCUACAUAUCGGAACCAAAACAAGGCAAAUAAAAAUCCAUGGACAACAAUUGACAGUCUUGAAGAAAGAGAUGAUACAUUUGUAGAAGAUGGAUCUGUGUGUGGUCCUGAUAUGGUAAUUAGAACAACAACACUUAAAGUGUUUUAAGAAUUUUUUUAUGGUUAUACUCAUUUUGAACAUAUACCAAACAAUUCAUUUUUAAACAGACUUAUUGAGAUAUUAUUUACCAUAAAAGUUACCCAUGAUGUGUACAAAUAUUUGCUUUUGAUUAAUGUAUGGAAUUGUACAACCAUCACCAUAUCCAGUUUUAGAACAUAGCAUUACUUCCCCAAAUUUCCCUCUUGCCCAUCUUUCCCCAUAAGCAGCACAUCCUAUUUUCCCAGAUACG